AUGAUGUUUUUUGGUGUAUUUUUGUUUCAUACAUGUUAACAAACAUUUGGCUUCUUUUGAAGAUUAUCUCAGGCUUGCAGAAUUUCAAUAAAGACAAUGUUGCAUCGGUGGUCACUGCUGCUGACAAGGGUGGAGCAACUCACGUGGAUAUAGCAUGUGACCCUGAGUUGGUAAAGCUAGUUAUUGGCUUAACUUCUUGUCCGGUUUGUGUUUCUUCUGUAGAUCCUGUAACAUUUCCAGCUGCAGUUGAAGCAGGAGCACUAAUGGUUGAGAUUGGAAACUAUGAUUCAUUCUAUGAGAAGGGAAUAAUUUUCACUCCUGAAAAGAUUCUUGGUCUGACAAAGGAGACAAGGAGAAUACUUCCAUCCAUAGUCUUGUCUGUCACUGUUCCUCACACACUAAGCCUCCCUGAUCAGGUCAAGCUUGCAGAGUCAUUGGAACUAGAAGGUGUAGAUGUUAUUCAAACUGAAGGAGGAAAAGGUUCUAAUCCCACAAAAUCUGGUAUUAUGGGUUUGAUUGAAAAGGCAACACCAACUUUAGCAGCAGCAUAUUCCAUAUCACGAGCUGUUAAGAUCCCUGUCAUGUGUUCAUCAGGGCUAAGCGCAGUCACAGCACCUAUGGCUAUAACAGCUGGGGCAGCUGGUGUGGGUGUAGGGUCUGCAGUUAAUAGACUUAAUGAUGUGGUUGCAAUGAUUGCGGAGGUCAGAAGCAUUGCUAAUUCAUUGCAGACAUCAUUUCAGACAUCAACCACUUAUGAAGUGGAAACUCAGAGACAGUAGUUUGUUUAGCAAGAAACAAAUGAAGGAUGUGUAGGUAGUGAAUAAAACAUGCAACGAAAAUUUGGAUCCUUUAGGUUCCAUUUUUCUUUGUCCUUUAUAUUUCGGACUUGUUCUCUAAUGAAAACUUGUUGGUCAGUUGAGUGGAACUAUGUAUUCUUGUUCAUUAAGAGGUUUUGCUUGCUAUAAAAAAGUUUAUAUUUUAAGAGGUAAAAAAAUGUUCUUAAUCAGUAGUUUUUGCAUUACAAGAAUGGUUUAUUAAUACAGUGAUUAUGGAUUAACUACUAUUA